AUGGACGAGAAUGAAGAUCAGAUAGCUAUUGAAAAAGCAACCUUUGGAACGCUGCACAUCACUAAGCAGGCCAAGGCCAUAAGGAGAAAGGAUCUGUCCGUGCUGAGCACAAGUGAAAAGACAGGGGUCUUCGCCGCUGAUGGAGAGUCUACCAACAUUAGUCAAAAAGACCUCAAGCGCCUCCUUCCAGAACAGGCAGCCAGGAACAUCUUCGAGCUCCGCCAGCCCUCGGGCCCUUAUAUUGGCAGGUACGACCGGAUUGGAGCGCACAUGUUGCUAGCCGGUUACCGCGGCCAUCUGGCCAUCAUUCGAAUGGCCGACAAGCACCUUUUAUCAGAGGUACAUUUAGACAACGAUAUCAUAAUGGACGCCAAGUUUCUACAUAACUGUACCAUGUACGCUGUUGCGCGAAGUCGAGAAAUCACUCUCUUUGAUGACAGAGGGAUAGAGGUCCACAACAUCAAUCGGCCUCGCCCUACAUUCGUAGAUUUUCUUCCUCAUCACUGGCUACUCACCAGUGUUUGCCAGGGCGGCCAGCUGCACUAUCUCGACAUAUCUACUGGCAGCCUAGUGGCCCAGCUCCAAACACCCUUUACCAGUCCGUCUUCUCUAACGCACAAUCCGCGGGAUGCGCUCGUUUCCGUCAGUUCCACAACAACUGGGAUCGUCAACCUCUACUCUCCCAAUCUCGUUGAUAAGCCAGUAAUGUCCAUCAACUGCAGCAACGUUGGAAUCUCCCGGCAUUGCUUUUCCAUGACCAGCCCACAUAUGUUGGUUGCGAACACGGACGGUUUGCUUAAGAUAUUUGAUAUGCGCAAUUAUGGCAGCGAACUCGCAGCUUUCUCUUUGCUCAAUCGCACCCUGACAGAUCUUUCUAUUUCUCAAUCCGGGGUAGUAUGCGCAGCGUCAGCUCGCAGCGCCGACUUCUAUAAGCUUUCAGAUUUACUAGCAUUUAGUUACGAUUCGAUCAGUCGACUGAGACAGCAGAAUGACAACCUCCUCAGUGUGCUUGAGCGCAAGGCAACGGGGGACUCACACUGCAGCUUGGCCAAGCUCGAUCUGCUGUAUAUGUCACACAAAUAUGACGGCAGUGCAUUCUCGUCUCACGACCACUCUCACGCCAUCCAGCGCAAGGUUGUCCGGGGUGGCCGAACAGGCUCUGCCGGUGGUGCCAAUGGCAGGCGCAGCGGUAAUAGCAACUCCAUUGUCAGCUGUGAGUUUAGACCAUACUAUGAUGAUUGUGUUCUCGGCCUGACAUCUGGGAUCCAGUCGAUUAUUAUCCCUGGCUCUGGGAGUGUGGACUAUGACUUCCAGACUGUCAACUUGUUCGAAGGCAGCAAGCAGCGAAACAACGCAACAGUCCACAAGCUGAUUGACAAGAUACCAUAUACGCUUAUAGGCAACAGAGACAUUCUGACCAGCGUUCAUCGUCCUACCGACGAGGAGUGGAUAAAAAUAAAGUAUGGUCUCAUCAAUGAAGCCCUCAGCAACAAGAUCAUCAGGCAUAAGAAGAAGCGCUCUCUUAGAGCCAAGCUCAACGAGAGAGACUCGAUGAAGAGAGUUGCCGAGGAAGUUGAAAAGCGCCUUAACGACAUGAAGUGUGCACGUGCUGGUCAGUUGAGCGUGAAGAAGUCAUACGCUGGCAUGCCUGUUCUGGAGCGAUUCCGGAUAGACGACCGUAAGAAAUAA